AUGGGCGACGAGGAUUACAACACCUCCCUCGCCUAUGAUGACUACUCGGAUGAUUUUGACCCCAUUAUGGUCUUGGAGGAGUCUUCUCCCCUGGAAGGCAAGGUGGCCAGGAUCUUCCUGGUGGUGGUCUAUAGCAUCGUCUGCUUCCUCGGGAUCCUGGGCAACGGGCUGGUGAUCAUCAUCGCCACCUUCAAGAUGAAGAAGACGGUGAACACCAUCUGGUUCCUCAACCUGGCCGUGGCGGACUUCCUGUUCAACAUCUUCCUCCCGAUCCACAUCACCUAUGCUGCCAUGGACUACCACUGGGUCUUCGGGACAGCCAUGUGCAAGAUCAGCAACUUCCUGCUCAUCCACAACAUGUACACCAGCGUCUUCCUGCUGACCGUCAUCAGCUUCGACCGCUGCAUCUCUGUGCUCCUCCCCGUCUGGUCGCAGAACCACCGCAGCGUGCGGCUGGCCUACGUGGCCUGCAUGGUCAUCUGGGUGCUGGCUUUCUUCCUGAGCUCUCCGUCCCUGGUCUUCCGGGACACAGCCCACGUGCAUGGGAAAAUAUCCUGCUUUAACAACUUCAGCCUGUCCGCAGCCGGCUCUGCCCCGUGGCCCGCUCACACCCGCCUGGACCCCGUGGGCUUCAGCCGGCACAUGGUGGUGACCGUCACCCGCUUCCUCUGUGGAUUCCUGGUCCCCGUGCUCAUCAUCACGGCCUGCUACUUCACCAUCGUCUGCAAGCUGCGGCGCAACCGCCUGGCCAAGACCAAGAAGCCCUUCAAGAUCAUCGUGACCAUCAUCAUCACUUUCUUCCUCUGUUGGUGUCCCUACCACACGCUCUACCUGCUGGAGCUCCACCACGCCGCCGUGCCCGGCUCCGUCUUCAGCCUGGGUCUGCCCCUGGCCACGGCCAUCGCCAUCGCCAACAGCUGCAUGAACCCCAUUCUGUACGUCUUCAUGGGCCAGGACUUCAGAAAGUUCAAGGUGGCCCUCUUUUCCCGCCUGGUCAACGCUCUGAGUGAGGACACGGGCCACUCCUCCUAUCCCAGCCACAGGAGCUUUACCAAGAUGUCGUCGAUGAACGAGAGGGAGACCAGCAUGCUUUGAGGCUCAUCUGGGAGGCCCGAUGGACAGACGCUCCGGCCUUGGAGGCCCUGAGCUCUGCCUUCUCAAGACCAGGGCAGAAACCUCUUCAGGACCCACUGAUGCCCGCUGUAGUCUGCACGGGGCUGACCUGUGUUUUGAGCUGGGAGUCCAGGGCCUGGAACUCCUUUCUUUGAGUGGCCCGGUGGACAGGGCAUGCCGUG